AUGGUAGGCUUCAUUGGUACUACCCUUUCUUUUUUCGGUAUGCCGCUCCGCGAGCAAGGAGCGAAAGAACCAAUGACUAAUAAUAACACCCAGUUCAGACAGGGCCGCCUCGUAGCAUUUGGCUACCCCGCUAUCGGCAAUGACAACGUCAUCACCGACGAGAAAGUUGCGACCGAGUACCGCCAGGCGCUUAGUGAUCUAGGAGUGGAUAUUUCACUACCCAAAUCCCUGAUCUCUAAGACUGGUGGUGCUGAGUUUGCGAAGCGCUUCCGAUGUCAUCAUACGAGAAAGGAUUUAUCUCCAAUCUCCAUGAGAAACAUGACUAACACCCACCAUCCACAUGGGCUCUACGCCGUUCUGAACCUUUAUAAGGUAAAACGGUUUAGUACCUUCUGUCGAUUGGCGGGUGCUGGUUACUGGACGCUUUCGCGCUUAAAUAAAACUCUGUCGCCUAAGUACCAGCGACUUAAAGCGAUAUGGGAUAAACGCAACUUACCUUUUGAACUAUGGCUUGGGCGGCUUAGACCACUCAAUCCUUAUCUACGUGGGCAUCUUAUUGAUUACCUACGUAAGGCUUUUAAGCCUACAGAUCUCAAGCUGUGCCCUCCCGAGUUAUAUAAUGAUGAUUGUCGAGAGUUGCUCGCUGAGAUUACUGUGGUUAAGGGUUGGGUACGUCAGUGGCUCAAGUACGUUCAAUGGUACCAUACGAUCGCACUUGACCCUGAAGUUUCAGUCGAAGCCUUCUUUAAAGCGCCCGUCGUAACUAGUAGUUGGAAAGCUACUAGGGAGGAUCCACAGUUAGUUAGAUUUGGUUUAAUGUGGAAACUCUACGAUGAGGUUGCUAAGAGGUCCCUGAACUACAGCCCACCUGCCUUAGUUCGGGUAGGGGGCCUAUCCUCCUGUGAGGUGUCUCUGGUACUGAGUACCUUUUGUAUGCUUCUGGGCUUAACCGGCCUAGAGCAGGGAGAGGAAGCAUUCACAUUAAUUGUGAUUGUAGACUUUCUCGAGCCAUCGGUCAUAAGACUUUGGGCAUCCAGGAUUGUCAAGAGGAAGUAUGAUAUUCUCGUUGAAUUAAGACGGAAGCUGCAACGGCCUAAAUUGAGUACAAUGCUUCCUUCUUUUCUUCAAUUGAAUGAAGUCCCCCUGCAGUGGAAUCAUGAAUUUGACUCGAACCAAUAUCUCUGA